CUCCGGUCAGGUAAAUUGUAUAUUAAAAGCGUAUGGUAAUAUAUGUUGUCUGUGUAUAGGAAAUAGGGCAGGGAAAUUGCCUAGGGGUUGCUGAGGCAUAACCCAAAGCCAUAAAAGCAAAGGCUGUAGGAGAGGAUACAUCUGGGAGAUGGAGGUCGUCGGUGUCACACUAGGGAAGAUUGAGGUCCAGCACAAGAGGUUUGAGGGUGUCAACUUUCCUAUUCUGUGCGAUGGGAAUGUGUCAGACCAACUUGAGAAGAUACAAAAUCUAACGUAUCGCAAAGGCGACGUCUUCAUCAUGUCGUAUCCAAGAAGUGGGACACAUUGGGUGAGGGAAAUCGUCACCAUGUUGAUGAAAGGAAAAGCUGAAUAUAUGGUUAAAGAUUACAUGGAUUUUCCAAUAGAACUUUUGGACAUCGACGCUGUUGAGACGGAAGCAUCUCCAAGAGUACUGUAUUCUCACAUGCCGUAUCGAUAUUUGCCGAAAGAGCAUUUGGCACAAAAUGGAAAAGUGAUCGGCUGUUUCAGGGAUCCGAAAGACGUAAUGGCAUCAUCGUUUCAUUUUCUCAAUAAUCUUCUCGCAAAUAGCAUCAGUUGGGAUAUCUUCUUCGAAGCCGGGUUGAAAGGAGACGUUACUUAUGGAUCCUGGUUUGAAUGGCGUGACCAGUGGAAGACCGCAUUGGAACAACAUGAAAACAACCCUCCCCUUACAGUUCAAUAUGAAGAGGCAAGCAAGAAUUUAGCAGCACAUGUGACCAGAAUAGCGGAAUAUCUACAGGUGACCUAUACCGACGACCUGAUUGAGGACAUUGCGCAUGCGUGUGAGUUCAAAAACAUGAAAGCUGCCAAGUCCAAAACCAAAGCCAACAUGAUGAAGAGAAUCGAUGAAGGAAUCCGCAAGUCAGAAACUAUUUCUCUAGGUGAUGUCAACGAAGACAUUCUAGAAAACAGCGCAAUUAGAAAGGCACUGUAUGACUGUGACUAAUUGGAGGGACAAAGGUGUAGUUACUUAAUCAUUUACCAUUCAAAAUCGAUCAAGUGAUGACAAAAACCUUGUAAAUGGUACAAUGUGAAUCGGACCGCGAGUCCAGCAAGGGUAAGCGUGACCUGUUACAUUGACGACACUAGCCAUACAAAUCUAUGUCCAACCCGCCUUAGAUCACAUUCACAAAAUUAGAACUAGUUUGUUCAAAUAAGGUCAUGAUGUAGACAGUAAAACUUCCACGUGGUCUUAAUCGACCUGCAUCUCUGGAAAGAGUGUGCUGUUAACUUCUCCAACUGUAGCAUUCCUUCACAGAAAUCGUAAUGAUGGGAACAAACUCAUGAAUAUUGAAACUUAAAUACGGAGAAAGAACGCACAUUACUAUGUAGAAAACCGAAAUUAAACAAUUGGGAAAUUGAAAUCAUCAUUGAUAAUUCUUUUUGUGAAAUUUAAGAAUUGUGUGUUUUCUCCGUUUUUUCGUUACCUGUUCAUAUGACCUCAUCAAUAUAAUCAGCCUCGUAUGGAAAUCAAAAUAA